CAAUUUCAGGUUUGAUAAAAUUUUGAAUAGCGAACCCGAUUUAUUUUUUUUUCAUAACAUGGUGGACAUGGGCAACGAUUUAUGAGCUACAGGUUUUAGACAAACAUACUUAAAAAUGGUGGUGUUGUCCAUGUUAAAUGUACAGACAGUGCUGGUGGCUGUUGUGGUGGGGCUGCUGAUAUACUACAUUAGAAGAAGAGCCCUCUACCGCUUACCCCCGGGGCCAUGGUGUAUCCCACUCAUCGGCCAUUUCGAAGUUUAUACUAAAGAACUAGUACACAGAAAAAUCCUCAAACUUUCCAAGGAAUAUGGACCUGUAUUUCGUCUUUCAUUUGGACCAACUCCUUUUGUAUUUUUAAACAAUUAUGAAGUUGUUAUUGAGGCCUUGGUUAAAAGGAAAGCAGACUUUGCAGGAAGACCAUAUUCCACAGCAUUUUCUUUGAUAUCCGAGGGAUUCAAAGACAUAGCGUUGGCCACGUACUCACCUAUGUGGAAGUUCCAUCGGAAACUAGCCAUGAAAGCUCUAAGGAAUUACUUACAAGGCGACCUGUUGGAGAAACUUACAGAAGACAAUAUGAUAAAAGUGAUGAACAUGAUGGCGGCUGAGAAGGGGCCCUUUGAACCCAAACCUCACUUAGAUAAUAUAGUCUUUUAUCAGUUAUAUACGCUUUGCUUUGGAGAAAAAAAGAACAUCGGCGACGAAGAGGUGGAAUCUAUAAUCAGAAAGAAAGACGCGGUUAACAAAGCCAUUGGAAAUGGUAUUCGGGAGGAUCUUCUGCCCUUCUUGAAGGACGUGUGUCCGUCCGAGCGCUACCUCACUAUUAAAAAAGCGGCGGACGUUGUAUUCGGAUCCUUUUACAAGAAGUUAGACGAACACAGAAAUACUUUUGAUCCCGACAAUAUUCGUGAUCUGGUCGAUCAUCUGCUGAUGACGAAAACCGAGGCAGAACAAUCAGGUGACGAGGAAUCCAUGGAAAAACUGACCGACACCUACCUAGUACAAACCGUGUCAGACAUAUUUUUUGCUGGAGUGGACACCACAAGACUGACGUUAGAAUGGUUCCUCUGCUUUAUUUCUGGAUUACCAGAUAUCCAGGCCAAAUGUCAAGAGGAAAUCGAUCAAAAAAUUGGAACACGUUGUCCUACAAUAGCAGACAAACAGGUUUUAUCCUAUACAGAAGCGUGCCUAUACGAAACUUUACGACUCGGUACUAUUGCUGGACUUGGUUUACCCCAUACUACCAUCUGUGAUACCCAAGUCGGUGGCUACGACAUACCAAAGGAUACAGUUGUUAUAAUCAACCAUUAUGCAUUACAUCGAGAUCCCAAAUACUGGGAAAAUCCUGAGAAAUUUGAUCCUAAUCGAUACUUAAAUGAAGAGGGAAAGGUCGAUCCUACCAAACUGGAAAGUUGGCUGCCAUUUUCCGCCGGCAGGCGAAUGUGUCUAGGAGAAUCUAUAGCUAAACCGGAAAUCCUGAUGAUGUGCGUGCAUCUUUUACAACGUUUCAACAUUUCACUUCCGCCUGGUGUUGAACCAAAUUUUGUAGGUGAGCAUCUUGCAGUGUUUGGAGCAGAAAAGCCAACGGACUUGAGAAUAGUAGUAAAAGAACGAAACAAUGUUGGAAUUUAAUUACGGGGU